CACGAAAGUUGGGCCCUGGCUGGGGUUUUUACCUUCGCGCUGCUUUGUCUCGCCCGAAACACAAUCGCGUGCACCGACUUAUGUAGGCGUCCUUGUUGUGUGAGGAUUAGAGGUGAUGAUGUUCAGUACGAUGACGGCGCGGCCGGAUUUUGUAGCCGGGGAUUGGCGGCGUAUCACAGAAGUGGAGGUGUCUGGCGAAUUCGAUUAGUGAAGGCUCACGGCUUUUGUGAAAAAAAUUUGCAUGUGUUAUGUUGGAAUUGAGGCGGGAAGGAAUUUUGAUGUAGUAUUCUUGGUAAAUUUUUUGUGAGUUGUGGAGCGAUGGCGGAAGAGGAGCGUGGUGUUUUAUCUUCUGUGUGGGAGGACCAGCUGCAUGAGAUGAGGUUGUGCGGUUUCGCGAUCGUGGUGUUGAAAAUGCGAUCGGAUGCUUUGCGGGAAGGGGAAUUGUCGGGGAUUGUAGUGUCUGCGGAUGUAGGGGGUGAGGAGCGCAGUGGUGGACGGAGUUUUUCGGGUUUUGCGCAGCUGGUAGGGGCGGAAUGCAGUUUGCAAAGCAAGGGCCCCAACAUGUGCGUGCGUGUGGAGCAAUCCGGGUUGUUGUUGUGGCCUCUUGAAGGGAAGGAUUUGCCGGUUGAGGACGCAAGAGGUCAGAGCCUGGUAUCAGGCGAAAGAACAAUGACGGAAAGCUCGCCGGUGGCUAAUUUAGGUUCACAGCGAAUUGAUGGAUGUGAGAAUGAGACAGAUGACACCACUGUAGAUGACUUGGCUUCGGAAAGUACACAGUCUGGUGCAGCAGGGUCAGGAAAUUGUGUCAAGCGAAGAUGUGGAGCUCUGAGAAGUGGAAAUGGGCUUGGAGAGGUUUUCUUGCAUCAGCUCCAAUGGGUUAUGGCGAAAAACCAUGCGAGAGUGCAUGGGCGUGUCCUGACAAUCGCUCACAAGGGUGAUGAGACGCGGGUGCUUGCAAUGCUAGACCUUUAUUUGCCUCCUUCUGCCUGGAUGGGAGCUGUCUUUUGGAAGUCAGGUGCCGCAGCUGCUGCCGCUUUAUCGCACUUGAGUUGUGAUUGGGAGGAGCGAAGGGCGCUGUUGAUGAAAUUAAGUUUGCGCGAAGAAAUUGUCAUGUCAGACAAUGUUUGGGAACAAGGUGGCUGCCACGUGCUUGGUUGUAAAGUGCACCAGGUGCUGUCCAAGUCAAUGAAGGCCCAAUUCGACUUACACUCGCUGUUUAAAUCUUUGCCUUCUUACAAGACUGAUGAUAGACCCGAUGGUUUAAAGCUUCUACGGGACGAGACCGUAGAGGGUCAACAAUCGGGACUCUGGGAUGUUCCUGACGAAAUUAUCACGUCAAUCCUCAAUCGACUACUUCCUAAGGAUCUUCACAAUGUCGCUGCAGUGUGUCGGUACACACGUUUGAUGGCAGUGCCAAUUAUACCUUGCAUGCAUCUACGACUUUUUCCACAUCAGCAAGCUGCCGUGCGUUGGAUGCUACAACGAGAAAAUAGACCAGGGGUACUUGAGCAUCCCCUCUGCAAAAAGUUGGAAACUGAAGACGGCUUUCCAUUCUACCUAGAUACUGUAUCAGGUGAGCUAUCUCCGGAGAAACCUCCAGAAGUUCAUGACUUUCGAGGAGGACUAUUCUGUGACGAGCCUGGUUUAGGAAAAACUGUCACUGCGCUAUCUCUCAUUUUGAAGACUCAAGGUAUGACUGCCGAUGCUCCUGCGAAUACAGAGGUUUUUUGGGUACCUCAAAGGCCGGGUGAGAGAAUGGGAUACUACGAAGUGAAUGCAAGUUCGUCACUUCUAGGUGGUUCAGCGUUGAAAAGGUCAAUGUGUUUAAAAGCUCGAAGAAAUGAAGAUUAUGGCUAUGAAAUUGGGAGCUCAUCUCGCCGUCGAUUGAGUUCUGAAUUUGUGGCAUUUUCUGACUUUUCUGCGAAAGAUGUACCCACUCCGUCAUUAUUGCCUGCCCCCGAAGUCGAUCGCGGGCAGAAGAGCAGACCAGGUUCGGCGACUGAAAGUUCCCUACUAGACUCUUCAGUAGCUGCGUCGCGGUCAACAAGCCUAUCUCGGGAAAAAUCCACCUCAUUACCUGCCCAGACAAACUGUGUAUCCACGAGGAGUUCAAUUAGGGUUAAGCGUAAACUUGGUGAAAGUUUCGAACUAGCUUCAAGGGGCAAUCUCUCAGGUGGCAACUCGGGGGGCAGGAAGAGACUUCGGAGUGGGAGGCAAUCUUUGGGUUCAGAGACUUAUUCAGUUAGUGGAUCUCAACUGGUAUCACCAAUCAUAGCAGAGGAAAUCAUCCCUCCAUCUGUUUCAAAACCAGAUCAAUCACGAUCACACUGUGCCCUUAAGAAGGGUAAGGAAUUGAUUCAGGAUUGGACAUGGCUGAACUUCACGUGGGUUCAGUGUGAAGCAUGUUCCAAGUGGCGCAAGCUACCUAAUGGAGUUGUGCCUCCAGAGGGUAAUGUCGCAUGGUUUUGUAGCUUGAAUCCAGAUUCUCUCUACCAGAACUGCACUGUGCCUCAGGAAAUCGAGGCUGAUGCGAGUGUGAAGAGUUUGCCAGGUUUUUACAAGGAUGGAACUAUUCCAGGACAGCCACAGAAUGUAGCCUUUUUUGCAAGUGUGCUGAAAACGAAUGCGCACCUGUAUGACGAAUGUGCUAGACGGCCUGUGAUAUGGCUUGCAAGUCUUAACCCUGAGAAAUCAGCCAAGUUGGCAACCGUGGGUUUGGCUAUCCCUCGAGAAGCCAGGGGGGAGGGAUCCCUGGGUGAGAACAGCAGUUGCGACACUCUCUUUAAGCUCUUUGGUCUCGAACAGAAGAAACAAAACAAGGGAGCUGUUAAAUGGUCUUAUCCGAAAGGUCUGGAUGGCUUGCUCUUUGAUACUAAAGCACUAGGAGAAGCUGCACGCAAACCCAAAGAUGAUGCCACUCGGUUAUAUUUGUCAAGAGCAACAUUGAUUGUGGUUACUCAGAGCUUGGUUGAGCAUUGGAAGCACCAAAUUGCGAAACAUACAGCCCCGGGCCAGCUUCGUGUGUAUGUUUGGACAGAUCAUAAGAAGCCAGCGGCUGCGCAUACGUUGGCUUGGGACUAUGAUAUUGUAAUCACUACUUUUCACCGCCUCAGCAGUGAGUGGAGCAUACGAGAGAACUCUGUUCUUAUGCGCAUCCAUUGGCUACGUAUCAUGCUUGAUGAAGGUCACACGUUGGGAGCAAGUCUCAGUCUAACCAAUAAACUACAAAUGGCAAAAUCUUUGCAUGCAUCGCGUCGCUGGAUUUUGACAGGGACGCCUACCCCUAAUACUCCCAGUAGCCAAGCUGCUUAUCUUCGACCUAUGUUGGAAUUUCUUCAUGAAAAUAUUUACAGCAAGCACCAGAAGUUGUGGGACAACGCUAUUCUGAGACCAUUUGAAGCUGGAUGUGAAGAGGGACGAUUUCGCCUUGUCCAGCUGCUUCAUAGAACAAUGAUAAGUUCAAGAAAGGCAGAUUUGUGCACAAUUCCACCUUGCAUAAGGAAGGUUACACUUCUAAAUUUUACUGAGGCUCAUGCUGCCAGUUAUAAUGAGCUGGUAGUUACAGUACAGAGGAACAUUCUGCUCGCUGAUUGGAGGGAUCCGUCUCACGUAGAGUCCCUCCUCAACCCUAAGCAGUGGAAAUUUAGAAGUUCAACUCUGCGGAAUACUCGACUGUCAUGUUGUGUUGCAGGCCAUAUCAAGGUCAGAAUUGUUGGCAAUGAUGUCGAUGAGACAAUGGAUCUUCUUGUGGCGGAUUACGGCCUGGUUCAUGCAUCAGAUUUGUAUUACAAGAUUCGGACUGCUCUGAUUCACGGAGGGAAUUGCGAUAGAUGCCAGGUGUGGUGCAAAUUACCUAUCGUUACACCAUGCUGCCAUUUGCUCUGCAUGUCAUGCGUUGCUCUCGAUAAUGAGAAGUGCACACUGUUUGGCUGUGGGCAUCCUUACAAGAUGCAGAGUCCUGCUGAAUUGGCUCGUCCUGAAAAUCCAACACCAAAGUGGCCCGUGCCGCAGGAUCUCAUUGAGUUGCAGCCAUCAUACGCUCAGGACGAUUGGGACCCUGAUUGGCAUGCGACGUCCAGUAGUAAGGUUGCGUAUUUGGUCAAUCAAUUGAAAGUUAUACAGGAUAACAACCUGAUGCAGCAUUAUCCGUCGGACACGACCUCGAAGACAAUGCCUGAUGAGCUUAAGUCUAUGAUUUGGCAGACUUCGUCACGUAACUUAUCAACUUCUUCGUUACCAUGCAAGGCGAUUGUUUUUUCUCAAUUUCUUGAACACAUUAAUGUGAUAGAGGAACAGUUAAAUGGAGCUGGGAUUCAGCAUGUAGGUAUUUACAGUCCGAUGCAUUCAAUGAACAAGAUGAAAUCGCUCGCCACUUUUCGAAAGGACCCUGGAUGCACCGUCUUAGUGAUGGAUGGGACUGCUGCUCUGGGUUUGGAUUUGAGUUUUGUGACCCACGUCUACCUGAUGGAACCCAUCUGGGAUGGCAGCGUGGAAGAGCAAGUUGUGAGUAGAGCCCAUCGUAUGGGAGCUACUCGUCCUGUCCUUGUGGAGACGCUGGCUAUGCGUGGCACCAUCGAGCAACAAAUGCUUGAAUAUCUACAGGAUCCAUCUGGGAAGGGGCGACUUAGAGACCGACGUGAUUCAAGUGGCAAAGGAAAUAUAUCCCUCGAGAAUAGCUACCUUUCUCACAUGAACUUUGUUCGAACUGGCUCAGCUGCUGCAAUUGCUUGAGAACUUCAAGUUGUCUGGAUGCUUCAUUCUUCGGUGAAGCAGUUAUGAUCCACAUCACUGCCAAUUGGAAAGGACAUGAUUAUUUAGGGGUGUGCUUACAUUGGUUUUAAAACAAGACCUGUUGAAGGCCAGCACUUCCAAGUGAAGAAUUUAUUUGGCUGUCACUAGUCAUCAUUUAAAACACAAUUGGGAAAGUGAUGGUUACUGAUUAGCAACAGCAUUCAUUAUAAGUGGAACUAGGAUUCAGCAUUUCCGGGAAAUUGUUGUGUACAAUUGUUGUAACAAAUUUUUAUACUCAAAACAUUUUUAAGGUGCUUUCUUUGCGAAGUAAUUUAACAACA